AUGACUGAAUUUAUCUAUAAAGGAGACGACUUUGAAGACAAGGUUAGAAAACAAGUUGAAUUCUACUUUUCAGACUCCAAUUUACAACAAGAUAAAUUUUUAUGGAAGAUUUACGAAGCAAACGAUGGAUGGGUUGAAUUGAAAACUAUCUUGACAUUUGGAAGAAUGAAACAAUACAGACCAGAAGAAAAAGUGGUUGAAGCUUUGAAGUCGAGUGAUAAAUUAGAAUUGUCAGCAAACAACGACAUGAUCAGAAGGAAACAUCCAUUGAAGGAUUUCAACGAGAUCAAGAACACCAAGAAAAGAAACACAGUACACAUUGAGGGGUUCCCACACGACUUGACCCAAGAGCAAGUCGAAGCAUGGUUUGAGGAGAAGAUUGCGCCCAACUUGCCAAAGGAAAAGGCAAUUUCUUCUGUGCGUAGAAUCAAGAGCAAAGCUAAGAAGGAGUUUUUUGGUGUUGUUGAUGUUGAGUUGAGCAACGAGGAAGAUGCUCAAUACUUGGUCAAGGAUGUGGAAAUCUCUUACGAACAGGGUAUUCUCUCAAAGGAGGAUGCACAAGAUGCCGACAAGAAAAGUCUCUUGAAGAAAAUGUCUUUACUAACAUUUCAAGAGAUGAGGGAAAGCGGUAAAAGAUUCGGACAAAAUGAAGUAACCAAAAGACGCAACAGUUUCAAUGAGAACAACAAGGGAAAGAAGCAAAAAGGUGGUAAGGGCAAGAAAUUUGAUCGUAAAAAAGGUGGUGAUGGAUCAGAUUCGGUAGAAUCUAAUGAAAAAGAGUCUAUUUUGGAAAAUGCCAUAGAGGAUGACAAGAUUCCUGAGGGAGAGGAGAAUAAGGAGUCGGGGGAGGUGGAAAAACCAGUAGACACUAAAGAAACUGAGACUGAGAAGGUACCAGCAGAGGUCUCAAACGAAGAGAAAGUUAAGGAGUAA